AUGCUCUUGGCAGCUUUCUGCCCGGGUUUAUUCGGCUUUCUUAGAGUGGGAGAAUUCACAGUGUCAUCAUUUUCGUCCUUCGAACAUGCAUCUCACCUCACAUCUCAGGAUAUUACGACCGACUCUCACGAGAAUCCAUUCCUUGUACGUCUGCACCUCAAGUGGGCAAAGACUGACCUCUUCUGCUGUGGUGCCGAUGUAUAUCUUGGACGGAGCGCUAAUGACAUCUGCUCGGUAUCAUCGUUCUUGGCAUACAUGGUUGACAGGAGUGCUCGUUCGGGGCCGUUCUUCAUAUUUAUCGACAGCUGUCCUCUAUCCAGCGUCAGACUGGUGCAAGAGGUGCAGCGGGCGUUGUCGUCAGCAGGUUUAGAUUGCUCAGGGUAUACAGGCCACAGCUUUCAAAUCGGUGCCGCUACUACAGCCAAGGCUCUUGACAUAGACGACUCUAGCAUCAAGAAGUUGUUACAGUAA